UAGGACCUCCCCCAAGUGACGAAAUUACUUGGUAAUUUCAAAGCAGUGAAUCUCUCUCUACAGCUGAGGUGUCAUAGAGCUCUGAAUCGAGACACAUGGCCUAUUUCCUCCAAAGAUUGUUCCUGUUUUUCCUCUUCUACCUACUCACAGAGUCAAGUGCUUCUGGAGAGGACUCAGUCCCAUUAAUUGUGACUGGAAUUCUGGGGGAGUCUGUUAUUCUCCCAUUAAAAAUUCCAAAAGAACAUCAGAUCACAUAUGUUGCCUGGAAUUCCCAAAGAUCUCUUGCCACCUUAAUGACAGAAGAAGAAGGAAAACCACCCAAAAUAAUUAUAAAUCCUUAUUAUAAGGAGAGAGUGAAUUUCCUCCAUGAAAACAAUAUCUAUAGUCCACGGAUCAGUCACCUGAAGAUGGAGGAUGCUGGCUCCUACACAGCAGAAAUAACUAUAGCAAACAUCCCUAACCCCAUUAGAAAGUUGUUCAGCCUCUUCAUCCAUGAACGAUUGACAAAGCCAAAAAUUAUGUCAGAUCCUAGGAUCCAUGAUAAUGGUACCUGUCUCAUCAAUGUGACAUGUUUUGUGGAACAAGUAAGAGAGAAUGUUACAUACAACUGGAUACCUUUGGGACAGAGAACUGAUGUAUCCAGUGAAGGACACAUACUCCACAUCAGAUGGAAACCUGGUGACCAUGACCAGUACACCUGUACUGCCAGGAACCCUGUCAGCAAUAGCACCUAUACUAUUCUUGCCAGUAAACUCUGUGAAGGUUUUGAACAUGACAAAAGCUACAUCACAGUCCUGUGCCUUGUGAUAUCUACCAUCUCAGUUAUUUUCUUUAUCUUGGGACUGUCUUUCUGGCAUAUUCAGAGAAAGAAAACAAAAGAGAGAGAUGCAGGAGACCAGAAGUGUACUACUUAUUACUCAAUUCCUAAUCAAAGUCCUGUGGCUAUAGAAAUCACAGAGUAUGCUACAGUUUCACAUCCUAAAAAAAACAUCCAAAAGAAUUUGGAAGCACUCAAUACAGUUUAUGACAUUGUGAAGAAUACUACAAUGGUGGAUAAAUCUGACAUUCUUGAAAAGAAUGCAAGAUCUUCAGAAAUAUUAGACUUUGGUAAUAUCAUCUAAACAAUAAAAGAGCUGUCCUGAAUCUCCCUCUUAAUAUCUUAAACCUUUUUACCCGCAGUUAAUGAAGACUUGGGACUCAUUGGAAAAACAGAGCCAUUUGUAAGCAUAUAUCUAAAUGAAGAAAGUUUGUGGACAAAUGAGCAAUCAUGGAACUCUUUAGCUAUUGCAAGAAUCCUUUAUUCCUUAAAAUCAAAGCCAAGGUAGAGUAGAGAAAGCACUGAGCUAAUUUCUCAACAUUCUGCUCUAAACAACUUUAAAGUAACAUCUCGUUGCUUGCUUUUGGGGGGAGGGAGGAGGUAAGGGAAGGAGGGAGAAAAAAAUUGGAACUCAAAACUUACAAGGGUGAAUGUUGAGCACUAUCUUAACAUGUAAUUGGAAAAAUAAAAUAGUUUUGAAAUAAAAAAAAGAUUCAAUUCACCACCAAAAUAAAAUAAUAUCUCAAAUCUAACUCUGGAGUCACAGAGCCAACACAACAUCAGGAUGUGACAUUCUUCUAGUCCAAAAUAUUUAUAGCAGCUCUUUUCUCAGGGCAAAGAAUUGGAAACUGAGGAGAUGCCCAUCACUUGGAGAAUGAUGGAAUGAGCUGCAAUAUGAGAUUAUGAUAGAAUAUUUUUUGUUCUAUGGGAAAUGAUGGGCAGGAUACAUGAAGAAAAACCUGGAAAAGCCUCCAUUAACUCAGGCAAAGUGAAAUGUACUGUGUAAAAAGUAAUGGCAGUGCUGUGGGAUGAUUAGUUGUGAGUGGCUUUACUAAUCUCAGCAAUAUAAUGAUCCACAACUACUCAGAAAGAUUUAUGACAAAAAAAUGCUAUCCAUACCAAUAGAAAGAACUGAUUGUGCCUGAAUACAGAUUGAAACAUAAAUCUUUUUUUAAACUUCUUUUAAAAAAAACACCUUAUUUUUCUUGAGAGUUUUUUUUGGGGGGAGUAGGGAAUUUAUACUUUCUUUCACAACAUUGAUUUUUAUAGAAGUGUUUUUAUAGCUCAUAUGUGCCUUCUUAAUGAGGGGUGGAGUAGGGCUAGUGAGAAAGGGAAAGAAUCUAAAACUCAGUUUUAAAAAAUAAAUAUAAAAAUUGUUUUACAUGUAACUUGGGAAAAUAAAAAUAUUAAAUGAUAAAAACCCUGAAAUCUUUAUUAGUUAGAGAAAUGUAAAUUAAAACAACUGAGAUGCCACUUCAUACCUAUAGGAUUGGCUAACAUGACAGAAAAAGAAAAUGACAAAUGCUGUAUAGAAUAUGGGGGGGGAAUGAGAUACAUGCAUUAUUGGUGAAACUGUGAACUAGAACAAUCAUUUUUGAAUACAAUAUCCAAUGGGCUGCAAAAACUGCGCAUACUCUUUCAUUCAGCAAUACUAGUACUAGGUCUGUAUUUCAAAGAAAUCACAGAAAAAGGUAAAAUAACCUAUUUAUGCAAAAAGUAUUAAUAGUUUUUGUUGUGGCAAAGAAUUGUUAAUUGAGGAGAUGCCCAUCAAAUGAGGAAUGGCUGAAUAAGUUGUUGUGUAUGAUUAUGAUGGAAUACUAUUGUGCUAUAAGAAAUGACAAGCAGGAUGGUUUCAGAAAAAAAUCUGGAAAGACAUAUGAAUUAAUGUAAAGUGAUCAGAACAUAGAGAAUAUAGUGCACAAUAGCAUCAAUGUUAUAAGAAUGAUCAACUGUGAAAGACUUAGCUACUCUAAUGAAACAAUGACCCAAGAUAAUUUCAAAGAACUAUCAAAAAGACCUGACAUUGAAGGAAUAAAUCUCCCCAGGAAGAUUUUUAAGGACACAAAAAUAUUGUAGUAAAAAAGGUAGGAGUGACUCAAAGGGAGUGUCUAGUUAAUAAAAGUAGUUCCCCAGUAAGCCUGAUGAAAUUACAAGCCAUGGGGACAUUGCUGGAGUGUCAGUUUCAGGACAGAGAUAACUCCUCAUGAUUGGGUGACUUCAGAGGAACAUCCUAUACUCAUGGCUGUUAAAAGUUUAUCUUAUCCUCUGGAAAUUUUAUCUUUAUGUUUUUAAUUUCUUCCCCAAACACCCUAAGAAUAACAAUGUCAACUUAAAGCAGAAACUCAUGACAGCCAUAAAUGUUUCAUGAUGCUCAACUUGACAUGGAAGUUCAGGAAUAUCAUUUCUGAAUCCCAGCCUUCUGGAUAUAGAAAAGGGUGAAUACUGAUUUCCUGAAUAGUAUGAUCUUUGAGUAUAGCCUUCUACCUAGUGAAGGGAGAUUUCUAAGAUUGCUAAAUUUUGCAAAAUACCAUAAGAAAGCUUUUAUCUAAGUAACUAGUAUUCAACUUAUGCUUAAUCCUCAGAUUCUUUUUUUCUUUUUGCUGUUAUUGUUCAGUUAUUUCAGUCCUAUCUGAUUCUUCAUGAUCCCAUUUGGAGUUUUCUUGGCAAAAAAACUGGAGUGGUUUACCUUUUUUUUCCUCUAGCUAAUUUUACAAUUGAGGAAAGUGAAGGAUUAAAUGACUUACCCAGGAUCAUAUAGCUAAUGAGUAUCUGAAAUGAUUUGAAUUCAGAUCUUCCUGACUCUAGACCUGGUAUUCUAUCCACUGUGCCAUCUUGUUGCCUUAUUUUUUAGGAGAAAACAGAUACACCUUUCUGCUUUUCCAACUGUUCUAUUCUACAGAGAGGGAGGGAGAGAAAAAGAAUCAAAUAGAAAGAUAAGAACAAGGAUUUCCUUCAUUAGGGAGACCAGAAGAUGUGGGACACCCUCACUCAAGUGAGCAGAGCAGGGUAGAAAGAAAAAGGGUGUGGGGGGGAGUAAAUACAUAUACAAAUAUACAUACCGACAUAUAAUGAGGAGGGAGGAAAUUCUAAGAAUGCGGUAUAAGGAGCUUAAUAUAGACUGGUUUGACAAAGGGAAGAAUCUCCUUGAAUUAGGGGAAAACAUGGUAAUUAGAAAAGAGGGAAAAUGGAGUUUGAAAGAAGGGAAGGAAAGAGUCAGUGAUAGGUGUGGUCCCUAAAGUAAAGCGUGAUUUGAAAAAAACAUGAAUUAGUAUAAAAAUAUAAUAGAAAUUGUGCCUCUUAAAAAAUAUGUAGUGGAGAGAAACAGAGAACUCAUUUCAGUGAGGUUGUGGACAGAAAAAUUGGGCUCUCCCUUGGAGAAUGAAAGGGGUUGGUAAAAGAGAGGUUAUCUCAUAGUGAAAGGAAAGAACUGAGAAGCAAGAAGGAGAGAAGAGGUGGUCUUUCUUCUAGAAUUUUAUGAGUCAGAAUUGAAAACUAGGAAAGAGAAAUGGGGGUGAUCUUUCCUUUAGAGUUUCAUGAGUCUCUUCAUCCUACCCUCUUGUCUUUUUGGGGUUAAAUGGGGAGAAAGGAAUGGCAGGUAAAUUAACAAGGAUUAGUUAUUUUUUUGUUUUACCAGAGAGGAAAAUGAGGCAUAUUAGGGGCAGUAGCAAGCAAUUUGUUCAAAUCUUAGGGCAUAAGAAUUAAUAUAUUUCAAGGAAGAGAGCUGCCUUUCAUGACCAAUGUUAAUACCAACACCAGCACAGAAGACAUAAACAUCUACCCACCCCACUUAAAACCCCUAAACCAAAACUUUCACAGGAAGAUUUAUCAUGCAUGUUUUUGCUAUUUGAGGUCACUUUCUUGUUCAGUUUGAGGGGUGGAGGAGUGCAGACAAUAUUUCCCACACUAGUUAGCAGGAUUACAAGAAGAGCAUAAACUUUAAUUUUAAAAAAAUCUUUGUAUAUUCAGCCCAACCAAUAUCUUGGACUAUCAAGAUCUUUUUACACACUGACUUUUAGAUUCUAUUAUCUAAUGUGUUAGUAAGCUCUCCCAAGGUCAUAUCAUCAGAAAAUUUUAAGUUCGUGCCAGUCACUUUUGUAUAAUUGUUAAGAAGUUGUUUGUUUGCUUUCUAUAUACCAAGACCAAACUUACCUUUCUACAACUUCCAGACUUUGUUUUUAGCUUUAUUUUCUGGACCCAAAAAGAACAAUUCAGAGCCUUCUUUCAUGUGACAGUUCUCAAAUCCCCCACUCUUUGCUUUUUCCUGAACUAAAUAUGCUCAAUUCCUUCAAAAUACAUCAACUUGAGAUCUUCACCACCCUGAUUCCUAUCCUCUCAAUGCUUGCCAGAUUUGUCUUAAACAAAAUACCAGAAAUCAUUUAGCCACCUCAGAGUAAAAAAAGUACUAUCACUUUCUUAUUCCUGUAAACUAUACUGCUCUUAAUAGAACUCAAGAUUAUAAACUUAAAAAAAAAGCAGCUCUCACCCACUAUUUCAUUGAAUUGAGCUUAAGGUCUGCUAGAGUAAACACAUUUUUCAGAACAAAAAGCAAAAAUUAUUUAAUCUGCUGAGAGCCUAGUGGAAAGAACACUGGACAUAGAGUUGGGAAAGUCCAAGUUCAAUUGACUUAUUGCCUCAUUAGAUGUUACAGUGGAUAAAGUGCUGAUUCUAGAAUCAAAACUUGAAGUCAAAUCCAAGUCACAGACACUUAUUUAUAGGUGCACGAUCUUUGGGUAAAUCUUGUUUUCUUUAAGGGAAAUAAUAAUAAUACCUAUCUCAAAGGGUUAUUGUAAAGAUUAAAUGAGAUAAUAUUUGCAAAGAACUGGCACGUAGUAGGCACAUUAUAUAUGCUUAUUCUCAACAGCUAGCACAGUGAAAAAUGUCAUUGAUAAAUUUAUUAGCAGAGUUGGGUUGCCCUCAUAAGCAAAUCAUUGAAUCAAUUUAAAAGGAUUCUUCAAAAGGUCACCACACUCUUGACUCGAGUAUAGAGCCACCAUUAGACAAAAAAUAUAUAAAUUUCCCACCUUUGCUAGUUAAUGUGAUGCCCUUUUUUAUAACUAACAAAUAAUCUAACAAUAACCUAACAAAAAGCAAAACAUGAGCUGAGUGUGGACUGCUAAAUGUUAUUAUGGCAUUUCCAAUAUUCCCUGAUACAUGUGUCAAGUGUACACAUCAGUGUCUGUUGGAAUCUUUACAAACUGCUAACUCAUUAGAGCUGAUCGAUUAUUGAUCUGAUCUUACAAGAAGCUAUUUUGGGCCAGAACCUGAAACAAGAUACUAAGUAGAACUAAUUGAUACAAUGCUUGUGUUUAUACCUUUACUCAUUGGAAUUCACAAGUAUGGGAGAUUCACAAAGUUAACUGUGUAACUUUGUGAAUUCACACCUCCCUUGAAGCUCUUAGGGCCAGAGAACACUAUGGGAGAAAACCCAUAAUUCCUCUCUCUCGUAUCCCACAAUUCCUCUCUCUCAUGUAAAACAGACAGUGGCUCUCAGGGAGAGUUGAGCUGAAGAUUGAGAAGGCUCUCUCAGAGGCACAACCAGAUUCAUCUUCAUCUCACACCACUGUGGUGGCUGGGCUCCUGCACUUCCCCCACUGAGACCAAGCUGGUCUGAAAGACUCGCCAGAAAGCUAGCUGAGCCCCACGUGAAGGAGACAAGAGAUUCAUUCCAUCUUUGUGCUGGCUGGAGGCUGAAGAAAGCAGAGGCAGAGGCUGAAGGACAAAACCUUUGGAUUUGGAGACAUUCGGAGGGAGCUCUUGGAACCAAGCAGAGAGAUAGGCCUCUAAGCUAACUGGGCUAUAUUAGAGACAAUAAAAGAUCUGAACUUUUA